UCCUUGCGUCGAAGUUGACAACACGUCAAAAAUGGCAGAUUCAGGGCCGAGUAAGAACGACAUUGAGGAAGUUUUUAAAAGAUUACGUUCUGUACCAGCGAAUAAGACCUGCUUUGAUUGCAAUGCCAAAAAUCCGGCCUGGUGCAGUGUCACUUAUGGAGUUUUUCUUUGCAUCGACUGCUCUGCCGUUCACAGAAGUCUCGGGGUACAUCUGACUUUUGUCAGAUCUUCCCAACUUGAUACCAAUUGGACAUGGCUACAAUUGCGCAACAUGCAGCUCGGAGGAAAUGCUGCAGCUCGAGUCUUUUUUGCUCAACACAAUUGCACAAGCAAUGAUGCCCAACAGAAGUACAAGUCGAGAACAGCAAUGAUGUACAGAGAAAAAUUGUCUCAGAAAUCCGGCCAAGCAAUGAAAGUUUAUGGAAUCAAAGCUAUACUUCCAGACAAUUUAAACAAAUUACUGUUGCAUAUAGAAGAGACAACAGAACCUGAAGUCGAAGACCCUGCGGAGGCUGAUUUUUUCAAGGAACAUGAAAAUUUCGAGAAUUUAUCAUCCGAUCCCCAGCACACGACUCUGAGUAAAUCAGAUACUGCUGAAAAUCCGUCUCCCAAAAUUGAUAUCACUCCGAAAGUCACAACUGCUGCAACGAAUCCUGAAAAUUUGUCAAAUUCCAUGGGACCUUCUGUUAAACUUUCGGACAGUGUAUCUUUAGCACAAACCGAAAGGAAAUCAACCAUCGCUGGUCGCAAAGUUCAGGCUAAACGACCCGGGCUUGGCAAAAAAACUGGCGGUUUCGGAGCUCAGAGAGUGAAAACGAAUUUUGACGAGUUGGAAAAGGCCGUGGCGGAGUCAAGGGAAGAGAUGCGAGGGCCGACCGGGAGUGCAGGUGAAAGAGGAGGAGAGAAAGAGGACGAAGCGCAACAAGAGGAGAUCAAUAAUCGUUUAGCGUAUCGUUACGAGCAAAACUUGACGGAGCAGGCGAAAAAAGUGGAGGAGAGAGUACGAAAAAUGGACGCAUCGAAAGCUGGUCAAGCAGAACGUUUGGGAAUGGGAUUCAAUUCUAGAGGAGCAGCGAGUCAUUCGGCGUUCGGCGAUGUACGUCCAAUAACCCAGGAAUCCUCGAAUCGUAAAAUAACCGCGAGUGAGCCAAAACUGAGCACUAGAGACGAUGCUGAUAUAGAUCGAACUGGAAGCGCAAGUCGUUUUGCUGAUUUUGACGAAUUUUGUACCGCUCUCUCCAUGCUCCAUGGAAAUAUAAAACCGUCGGUGAAUAUAACGCGAAACGAAGACCUCGUCGUAAUAGUCGAACCCGACGUGCCUAAGCGUUCCGCUCCUCGAAACUCUAGCAACGGCAACAGAAGCGAUAAAAAAUCUAAUCUCGCCGAGGGUGAAGCUCAGAAAAAAUUUGGUGGCGCCAAAGCCAUCAGCUCCGAUCAAUACUUUCGUGACAGUGCUAACGACGAUUCGUGGGAGCGGAAAAAUAAUUUGAGGCGUUUCGAGGGCUCCUCCAGUAUAUCAUCGUCGGAUUACUUCGGUAACGGAAGUCCGACGCAUUCGGGGCCAACGUCAUCGAUGUCGAUGAGCAGCAUCAGUUCGAGAGGCGGUAACACGGUCGACCUUGAAGACGUAAAGGAGAGUGUGCGCCAGGGUGUGACGAAAGUGGCUGGAAGGUUGAGUUCGUUGGCCAACGCGGCGGUGUCUUCGAUACAGGACCGAUACGGACUAUAAAUGAGUGAAAUUGUGGAAAAAAACAAAGAUAUAAGAAGAAGGGAGGGGAAAAAAUUCGCGGAUUGUUGCUGAAUAUAUAUCGAGAGUGUUCUCGUCCAUGUUGAUCGGUACUGUAAAUAAAAGCUUCUAAACGAA